ACUGCGCAGACGUGGGGAGGGGGGCCCAGGGAGGGGCUCCGUCGGCGGCCGGCCUGCGCGGACUGCGCCUGCGCGAGCCGAGGGCGGCGGCUUGGGCUGCUGGUGGGCGCCGUCCGCCUCUCCGCACCCGCGGUGUGGACGCAGAACUCAGCGGAGAAAGGCGGCCGAGAAAUGGAGGGGAAAAUGAAGUAUUAAAAGUGGCAGCGAUGCGGCAGACCCUAAGAGAACCAUGGCAACAUCAGGUGACUGCCCCCGAGGUGAACUGCAGGAGGGAGAAGAUCAUGUGGAGUGUGGUGACCAGGAGCAUCUCCAGGAGGGUGUGCACCCGGAAGAGUUUGUGGCCAUUGCAGACUAUUCUGCCACUGACCAGACGCAGCUCAGCUUUUUGAGAGGAGAAAAAAUUCUCAUCCUGAGACAGACAACUGCUGAUUGGUGGUGGGGCGAGCGAGCAGGCUGCUGUGGGUACAUACCUGCGAACCACCUUGGGAAGCACCUGGAGGAGGGUGACCCUGAAGACACUUGGCAGGAUGAGGAGUACUUCGGCAGCUACGGAACCCUGAAACUUCACUUGGAAAUGUUGGCAGACCAGCCACGAACCACUAAAUACCACAACGUUAUCCUGCAGAAUAAAGAAUCCCUGAAAGAUAAAGUGAUUCUGGACGUUGGCUGUGGAACUGGGAUUAUCAGCCUCUUUUGUGCACAUUAUGCACAGCCCAAAGCCGUGUAUGCGGUGGAGGCCAGCGAGAUGGCCCAGCACACAGGGCAGCUGGUCAUGCAGAAUGGCUUUGCCGACAUCAUCACCGUGUUCCAGCAGAAGGUGGAGGAUGUGGUGCUGCCGGAGAAGGUGGACGUGCUGGUAUCCGAGUGGAUGGGGACCUGCCUGCUGUUUGAGUUCAUGAUUGAGUCGAUCCUGUACGCCCGGGAUGUGUGGCUGAAGGAGGAUGGGGUCAUCUGGCCGACCACGGCCGCGCUGCACCUGGUGCCCUGCAGCGCAGACAGAGACUACCGCAGCAAGGUGCUCUUCUGGGACAAUGCCUACGAGUUCAACCUCAGCGCCCUCAAAUCUUUAGCAAUUAAGGAGUUUUUUUCGAAGCCCAAGUAUAACCACAUUUUGAAACCAGAAGACUGUCUCUCUGAACCAUGCACCAUAUUACAGCUGGACAUGAGAACCGUGCAGAUUGCUGACCUAGAGCACCACCCACUGGAAGCAGGUGCUGUUCAUGAUGGACGAGCCUGUCUCCGUCCUCACGGGAGAUGUGGUCACAGGCUCGGUUGUGUUGCAGAGAAACCCCGUGUGGAGGAGGCACAUGUCUGUGGCGCUGAGCUGGUCCGUCACUUCCACACAAGACCCCACAUCGCAGAAAGGUGGAGAAAAAGUCUUUCCCAUCUGGAGAUGACAGUUGAAGUUCUGUGGGAAGCAGUGUGCAGACACUGCGGGAAUGAACCCGCGCGAACGAAGACGCACUGGGACGGGGGCCCACGUUCUCGCUGCCCGCGUCUGUGGGCUCGGGCCCGUGGUCAGGGUCGUCCACCGACGGCUGCGCUGUGCUGGGCGGGAGCCCCCCACCGCCGUCACUGCCUGUGUCCGUCCUCUAGAAGUAGGCUGUGUCUCCAGGUGUCCACAGUGCUGGCUUGUGGGUGAGUCGGUGGCACAGUGUCCCUAGCUAGGUCUAGUUCUAAACUCGUAGGACACACACGCAUCAACCUCGUACUCCUGUGAAAGUGGCUGUUCACGCAUCAUGUGUCAUGGUGUCCUUUGCUGCCCUGGUUCCUCCCGCACCGUGCGGAGUGUGGGGUCCCAGCAAGCCGUGCGGGACCUGCAGCUGGAAACGCAUGUGACGGGACUCUGCAUGUAGUACAGUUGUAGAGAUGUCUUCCAGAUAAAUUAUGUGUUGGCACAUAGCACAUGCCCAAUAAAUAUUUUUAAAUAAAUGAA